UGUUAGAGCGGCCACUUGAGUAUUUGGUCAAUAUAGUUGAUAAUCUGUGGUUUCAUAGUCCCAGAGCCACAUCGGCCAGAAAUGUACAUCGAAAUUAUUAGCUAUCGUACACCCCCUACUGGUGUUGACUGGGGUCACACGCACUGUCACUAGCAGCAGAAAGCCAAGCAGCUGCCAACGCCCGGUGAAGUAAAUACCAGAUUCAGUGAGGAAGAGGUAGGAAAACCAUCCGAAUUACAUGUUAUCGUCAUCAACAGUGUACUAAUUGACAUGUACAGGAUUACCAAAGCUAUUAUUGAAGGUGUUUUAGCUAUAGGCUUGUCAUUCAUUGUUAGGAUAAAUUAAAUUAAUAGGAAAUUGAGAAUGAGCUCGCUAGCUAGUUAGCCAGACAGUUAGCUAACGUUAGCUGCUAACACCGACCCACCCAGCUAGCUAGCUAACGUUAGCUAGCUGCGUUAGUUUAAAUUAGCUAUAACCAAGUACGUUAGCUAGCUAGAUUUGUAUUGAGUCUGUACAACGAAGUCCAUAAUGUAGCUAGUUGGUUGUUGCUAGCUACAACUUCUCCAUUUAGACCUGGGUUGCUAGCUAGCAAACCCAUUUUAGACGCCAGCUAAUUAGCUAGUAGCAUAACAACAGCUGCUGGUGGUGGAUACUUCCCUGCCACUCAUCUGAAGUCUUGAAGCUAACUUUCACUUGUCUUUUUCAGACAAAGUAGAGAACACAAAUAUGCAGACGAUUAAAUGUGUUGUGGUUGGAGAUGGAGCAGUGGGAAAAACCUGCCUUUUGAUUUCAUACACAACCAACAAAUUCCCCUCUGAAUAUGUACCAACAGUAAGUACAUCUAUACAUUGGAUUUCUCUCAGUGGUUAUUGAUCUAUUGAUUACCUGACCUAGAGGGUGGCUUCUCGUUCUCAUGUUUCACACUGACUACCAUUAUGAAUAAUCAUGGAACAGGACAGAUAUGCCUUAGACCGCUCCCGAGUGGCGCAGCGGUCUAAGGCACUGCAUCUCAAUGCUUGAGGCGUCACUACAGACCCCCUGAUUCGAUUCCAGACUGUAUCACAACCAGCCGGGAUUGGGAGUCCCAUAGGGCGGCGCACAAUUGGCCCAGCGUCGUCCGGGUUUGGUGUAGGCCGUCAUUGUAAAUAAGAAUUUGUUCUUAACUGUCUUGCCUAGUUAAAUAAAGGUUUAAAAAAAUAUCUAAUUCUCUUUCCAUUUUCUCAUCACAGGUGUUUGAUAACUAUGCAGUAACUGUCAUGAUUGGCGGUGAGCCGUACACCCUAGGAUUAUUUGAUACUGCAGGUAAGAGUAGAUCCUUUUCAAGGACAUGGUCAUCAGUUCCCAAUUUUAAUAAAUAAUAUGUUGGUUGAUUGCUAUUCACAUUUAAUCAAUGCUUUAUACCUGUCUCCACAGGUCAGGAGGAUUACGACAGGUUACGACCUUUGAGCUAUCCCCAGACGGAUGUUUUUCUAGUUUGUUUCUCUAGUGUUUCACCCUCCUCAUUUGAGAAUGUUAAAGAAAAGGUGAGUAGAACGCCAAGCCCAUGAAGCAUACAAUGCACAUUUUUGAAUAAAGGAAUAUUGAGACUUGUGUUCAAAUAAAUUAUUUAUAGUAGGUUAAAGGUAAUGUAAAUUUGGUCACAAAAUGAAGUGAUGGGGAAGAUACUAGUUAUGGGGUCGUUGACUAUCUGACUGACUGACCAUUCUGAGUGUUUGAAAACAAUGUUUCCUCUCUCUUGCAGUGGGUACCUGAAAUCACUCACCACUGUCCCAAGACACCAUUCCUGCUGGUUGGAACUCAGAUUGAUCUGAGAGAUGACCCUUCCACAGUAGAGAAACUGGCCAAGAACAAACAGAAGCCCAUCACCCCUGAGAUGGCUGAGAAGCUCGCCCGCGACCUGAAGGCAGUCAAAUACGUUGAGUGCUCUGCCCUGACACAGGUGAGUCGUAAUACUUAUGACUUGCAUGAUAACAACCUAUUGUGUUAGAUGUACACGUUGCUCUGUCGUCUUUGUGCUAAGCUUGUCUUGCCGUCUCACUCUGUCUGUUAGUGGUGGCCUAGAACUGCAUGGAAACUCAUCCAUACAAUGCUCUUUAAUCUUGUCUGUCUGCUAACUAACCUCGCUCUAAUGCUGGUCAUAUUCUCCUCUUUCUCCCCUCUCUAGCGAGGUCUGAAGAAUGUAUUUGAUGAAGCUAUCCUAGCAGCACUAGAACCUCCUGAAACCCAGCGAAAGAGAAAGUGCUGUCUGUUCUGAUGACAAGCGUCUUUUUAAAUCUUGUUUUGCCUCUGAUCGUCUGCUGCUUCUUUAAUGUAAAGAAAUUACUAUCUGUCAAGUAACUAACCAGGUUGCGCUUUUAAAAUGUGUGCCCAUUAACUUCUUUCAUUUCAAUGUCUGAUUUUGUUUUGACUUGGCCUAAUCACAAUAGACCAUACUGCCUUGGCCUUCAUGGCAAGGAUGCCAACACUUCCAUUUUAGUUCUUAAUGUGCAAGUUUACAUUAGGCUGCAGCUGAGUUUGUGUUCCUUUUAAAAUAUAUUACCUCAGUAUUUAUAUGCUUCUGUUCCAUUCAAACCUUCUAGGAAACAUUUCUGUGCUGUCUAAACAAGUAUGAUGAGCUACAACUAACUUAAUGUUUUUCUAUCACAUCAAUGUAUUUUUUUUUCUAAUAUAUCAAAGACCGUAACUAAACAGUAUUGAAAGUUUUACGUAUUCCAUUGGAUGUUAAGAUCUUUGCGAUCUUGAGAAUUACUAAAACCUGUUAUGAUAUAUGAAUAAAGGAUAGUUUAAAUUACAACUCUCACCCAGUUCAGUCAAAUGUGUUUUUUACAUUCAAACAAUUACAAUAGUUUUGUGGUUACACACUGAAAGGUUGAAAUAUGUAUUUGGUACAUUCAUGUUUUGUGUUUGCAGAAAGGACUAAAGAAUGUGUUUGAUGAGGCAAUACUGGCUGCCCUGGAGCCUCCGGAACCCAAGAAGAGGCGCAAAUGUGUGCUGCUCUGAGCAUUUCCUCUCUUCUAUUGGUUAGAGCAUUUCAACAACAUUACUUGGACAAAAGCAAACCAUUAUUGCACAAGAGUACUUCACUCCUAUUGGUAACUGAUACAAAUACUUUCAAAAUGUUUGGAAAGUAGUGUGCGAGUGUGGACUUAAUUGAACUAGAUUGAUCUCUACUAGAACCUGUGAUAAUUACCCUCUCUUAUAAAAUAAUAUAAACUUCAUUCCUAGAGCCAUCUCAGUAUUUUAAAGUUAAACAGAUUGGUGGCUUCAGUCUUGUCCGAAGAGUGAGGGUCACAGACACAAAGCUGAUGAUUGGGAUCAGUGACAACAGAACAAAACCCUUUCAUGUUGAAUAGUGUCAGGGCAGCAUUGCCAGUGAUUUACAAAGAAUUCACCUUUUUAGGUGUACAUAAUGCUUUCAUGAACACCUGACGUAAACAUAAAUCCCCCUUCAACUGGGAAAGUGAUGAUGGCUUCGGUAUUAAACGAUAUAUACUGUAUGUGUCAGGGAUGUAUAGUAGUUUAUUUUAUUUUAUCAAAUGCCUUGUCUGUCACAUACUUUGUACGGUUUCUGCAUUCCAGGCACUUAAGUCUUAACUGAAACUGUUGCAGUGCAAACUCAAGACUUUUGCGUUAGAAAACACUUGACUGUCGACAGAUUGUUCCUCCUUUGACAGGAACUACAACUUACAGUAUGUUUGUUUUAUACAAAAAACAUUACAGCUCACGUUUUGUCAACAUUAAGAGUAUAAGUGUGUUUCUUGAAAUGUAUCAACCUAAUAAAGUUUAGAAUUCUCAA